AACUACUUCUGUUCAACUGCCCUUUCAAGUUCAUACCAUGACACAUAGCAGACGUGUUCCGUUUGCACUAAUUUUUCGUUAUCCUCAAUGCAUGCAAAUCCUCUUUAUAAGUUUCAACGCCAAAACAUUCUCAUUUUCUCUUUACUUCGUGGAAUCAAGACCUGAUGGAAAGCCAUGAUCCACCACCCCAAAACAACCCUUUUCUCUUCAACCCUUUGGAACCUCAAGAGCAAGGGCUAUGUGACUUUGAUUCAUGGGGUAACCUUUUCUCUGCCCAGAACAGCUUGUUGUUGCUUAAUGGUGGCAAGGAAACUAUUCAACGUGCUUCUUCUUCCUCUUCAUCUUUAAUGGCUCAAAAUAAGGUAGUUUGCGAGGAGGAAAAGGGUAACAAGGAGAAAAGGAAAGGUGUGAGGGUGAAGAAAACAACACGAGUGCCGAGGUUUGCUUUUCAAACCAGAAGUGCAGAUGAUGUUUUGGAUGAUGGUUAUCGCUGGAGGAAAUAUGGACAGAAAGCUGUGAAGAACAGCACAUAUCCCAGAAGUUACUACCGGUGCACGCACCACACAUGCAAUGUGAAGAAACAAGUGCAAAGGCUGUCAAAAGACACAAGCAUUGUGGUGACAACGUACGAGGGAAUUCACAACCAUCCAUGCGAGAAGCUGAUGGAAACUCUAACCCCUCUGCUGAAGCAAAUAGAGUUUCUUGCUAGCUUGUAACAUGAAAAAGUUUCUCUGCAGCUGCAUGCAAACUCGCGUACAUAUCAAGCACUAUAAUUAUAAAGUUAACUUAUUUAUGUGCUAUCUGUCAAUUAUAAUAAGUUGCUGGUUUGAUUGUGAGCUUAUUUUUGUGUCUAUAUGUGAUCAUGAUACAUGUGUCUGUGUAAUCAAACUUCUGUGAAUUUUACAGUGUAUAUCAUGCUUUACUUUUCAACUUAGUUUUUUCUUUGGAUUUUUUUUUUCUUCACCCAGAAUAUUGUGUAAAGUUUCGCAUAUUAUGUUAAAAAAAAUUUGCUAA